UACUCACUUUAGUACCAGUGAGGUUCCUGGCAAGAGACAAUGUCAAGAUGAUCCUGUUAUGGGUAACAUUGCUUGUUCUUCAUCAAGUAUAUUCGCUGGUUCCAGUGAUCACAGUUCAACUUGGGGAACCUGUGACCUUCACAUGUCCUCUGCCUAAUCUUGAGGUCAGCUGGAGACAAUUUUACUGGUAUAAGCAAACUGCUGGAAAUACUCUGAAAAUAAUUGCUGCACUGCGGAUAUCUACAAAACCUGAUUAUACACCAGAGUUCUUUGAAUCCAGAUUGGAGGUAACAAAUGAUAAGAGUUUUGUCAAUCUGACCAUUGUGAAGACAAUUCAAGAAGAUGAGGGAAUGUAUCACUGUGAGAUCUCAGAGUGGACUGGUCGUCCUGUAUGGAGAGGGAUGUAUUUGUUACUGAAAGGAAACUCCCAGAGGACAUCAAACUAUACUGUUGUUCAGAGUCUGACAGUAUCUGAUCCAGUUCGUCCAGGAGACUCUGUGACUCUCCAGUGUUCAGUCCUCUCUGAAUCUGAGAACAAGACGUGUCCAGGAGAUCACAGUGUGUACUGGUUCAGAGCUGGAUCAGAUAAAUUGCAUCCUGAAAUCAUCUACACUCAUGGAAAUGACUGUGAGAAAAGAUCUGACUCUCUGAAGAGCUGUGUUUAUCGCUUCUCUAAGAACGUCAGCUCCUCUGAUUCUGGGACUUAUUACUGUGCUGUGGCCACAUGUGGAGAGAUCAUUUUUGGAAAUGGAACAAAACUGUUUCUGUCUGAUACUGGAGAGCAAACAGUAAGUUUAUUCAUUGUGAUGGCGAUAUUAAUAGUCUGCUUGGCCAUUUCUGUGAUUGGAAAUAUUGUUUUCAUCUGCUGCGGAACUCCAAGAGCAGAGUGUGUAAAAUCUAAAGGAAAAGAAAGUGCCUCUUUACAAAAAGGACAUGACAACUCGAGCCAACCAGUACAUGAUAUUACUGAAAGUGGAGGUGAUCUGAAUUAUGCUGCGUUGAAUUACUCUGGAAGGAAAGUUAACAGAGGAAGGAAGACUAAAGAGUGGACUGAAGAAAGUGUGUACUCCUAUGUUAAAUGCUGAAUGUGAACAUGUUUGUAUUAAAACUGUGGGUUGAUUUAUAAAAUUAACAUCUGACAACAUCUGAAUAUUAACCCUAGCUGACAUUUACAAAAUAAAACACACACACAUUUGUGUCAGUGUCUUACAUAUCGGAUUUUGAUUAUAUUGGUUCAAAAUAUUAAUUGUCUUUAAGGUUUUAAGAUGGUGUUUGUAGAGAAAGAACAUGAAAAUAAAUGCCUUUGUGAAC